AUGCGCGACGUGGUGGUGAAUCGAAAGCUUCGCCCAGAGUUUCGUCCUGAGCUUUCGAAGCACCCUGUGGGAGGUGCAAUUGAAUAUACUAUUUGCGACAUGUGGCAUACUAUAGCUGAUGGACGAAUCACGGCUAGCCUAGCACGCGAGCGAAUCAACGCCAUGAAUGGCUGCGAUUCACAAGGUUCUGAAGGAUAUCAUUCGAGUAGUGAUCACAAUCGGAAGGUCUCAAUGGCAUCAUCAGUAUGUGGGGAUGGUGUCUGCGUUCCAGCCGAAGUUAGCACGAGCAGCGCUUGCUUCCACCCCGAGGCGGACGAAAUCCAGCGAGAGCGAUGA